AUGCUUUAAAAAAUUUCUAAUUUUGACAAAGAACUAGAAGAGAUUUUAAGAGAGGAGAAUAGACCAACAAAAAAAUUAUAAUUAUAAGAAAAACCGUAGAUUGUUAAUCGAGAAAACUUAAUUAAUAAUGAAGAUUGCAUGUCGAAUGCAAAUUACAAUUUAAUUAUCAAGGAUGUUUUAAACUGGAAUGAAGUUGAGAUAGAUUCCUACAUACUUUCAAUAAUUAAAAGAGCUUAGAAAUAACCAACUUCUCAUUUUUUAUUAAUUUUGGCGUGCGAAAAAUUUAACUUUGGCAACAAUGAAAAAACUAUAUAGAUAUUUCUGUUUGAUCAUUAUAGCAAUCUAAAGCAAAUUAGGAAGGGAAUGUAGAUUAGAGUAAAUGGUGAGUUUAUUGAUUCACGUGCAAUAAUCUUCACAUCAAAAAUUCAAAAUAAUAAUUCAUUUACUUUAGAACCUGAAACAUUAGUAGCGCCAUCAACUUUGAAUGGUCUCGAAUUUUGCAGAAGGAAAUAGUUUACGAGAGAAUUUUUUCAAAACCAAUGCUUUGGAACUACUAUAGAAAUGAUUAGUGGUAAGAUUCUUCAUGAUUUUUUUUAAAACAUUAUUAUGGAUGUCAAAAGCUAUGAUUCAUUAUUUGAAAAUAUUGAAUAACUUGAUGAACAUUAAAAAGACUUAUAAUAGUUAGUAGUGGAGAAAUUACCUUAAUCAUUUUUGCAACCAAUAAGUCAGUUAUAUUCUAGAUAUAUAUAAGAAUUUUACCAUUUAGAGAAAAAAACAAUAAGAGAGAUGUUAAUCAACAUCAUUCCAAAGUGUGUUAAUACACUUAGAUGGAUACAAUAAUAUGUAUAGAAGAAGUAGCCAAUAAUUUUAAAAUAAUAAUAUGCGUCAGAUGUAUUUGAAAUUCACAUCUUGAAAUGGGUUAGCAACGAAUAAUAAAUAUCAUCUUCGGUUUAUGGAUUAAAAGGAUUUCUAGAUGUUGUAGUGUAAGUCAAAUUUCGUAAGAAUAAUUAGGAAUUUAAAACUUGCUAUAUUCCUAUAGAAUUGAAAACUGGGGCAAAGAAAUAGUCAUAUGAGCUUUAGGUUCAAACUUAUCUACUAUUAAUGAAUAACUUUUAUAAAUAGUAGAGUUAGUUUGGAUUAUUAUUGUAUUUAAACAAGUUGGAACUUGACGUUGUUACAUGUAAUUAACGUGAAAUGAACAGCUUAUUCUUUUUUAGGAAUUUGUAUAUAUCAGAAACCUAUAUGUUUGAAAAACCUAAAGACUGUUAUUCUAAACUUCCUGAUUUAAAAGAUGAACUAAAAAGCGAACGAGAUGUUAAUCAUAAGUGUGAGAAAUGUGAUGAUAAAUCUGUUUGUUAUGGAUUGCAUAUUUUAACUGGAUAAUCAGAGUUAACUUUUUAGAAUCCAUUUUACGAUAACAUUAAUUAAUAAUUGUAAUCUAAAACAAAAGAGUAUUUAAAUGAGAUGUUGAAGAAUAUUAGACAAGAAGAAUAAACUAUACUUAUUCCUUAAGCGACAUAUUAUAUUUAAGCAACAAAGAGUUGCUAAACUGGGAUUCAAAUUACAUUGUAAUCAAAAAAUUAUUAUCUAAAAUAAUAAGCUAAUGAAAUCUUGAGAUAAUGCUUUUAAGAUAAAACAAAGAUAACUCUUUUUUGUAUUAGAACCUAAUAAAAUUGUAAGUACAACUUUCAGGAUGCAUGGCUAGUUUAGGGUACUCAGAUAAUUAAUUUAAUUGAAAAUUAAACAGAUGUGGAAGAAGUUGAAGCAGAUGAUUAAAAUUUUGAUUAUGCCAUAGGCUUACAAAUUUUUUUAGAAUAUGAACAAAUAGACUUAUUAGGAGAACAUUUAUAAAUCAAUGAUGAAUUGAUUCAUAAAUUAUUCUAGAAGAAUCCUUUUAAGCAUUAUAAAUUUAUCAUUUUUGAAUUGGCAACCAAUAAGGAUAUUUAUCAAAGGAAGAAGGAGAUUCUAAUUUUUGGCAUGGAACCUAAAUUCAGACUGGUUACUGAAAUGGAUGACAAUUAAAAAGUUGCUAAUGCAAUUCUUAUGGAAAAAUUUUCAAAAAAUUUAAAUGAAUAUCAAAUAAAAGCUAUUCAAUUAUGUUUAUUGGCUGAAGAUUUUGCUUUAAUAUCAGGCAGUUAUGGCAAGAGAAAAAUGUUGAGUCAUUUAUUGUUUUUAUUAGGAUACGCAAAUAAAAAAGUAUUGUAUUGUGCAGCUGACUAAGAAGUCAUAGAUUACUAAAUUCAAGAUUUUAUUGAAACGUUUCCUAAUGAAAGCUAAUGGGUUUUGAGAUUGCAAGGAGAAAAAGAUAAAAUUCCAGAAAAUUAUUAACAAUAUUCUUUUUUGUUUAAAAAUUGUAAGGAUAUACCAGAAGUUGAAAAGAAAUUAGAAGAUAAGCAAUUUUAUUUCUCAUCUUGUUAGUAUUGUACUGAUAUUUUGUAAUCCUAAUCCUUCGAUUAUUGCAUUGUAGAUUAAUCAUCUAAAAUUAUAGAACCUUAAUGCAUUUCUUGUAUUCUCAAAAGCAAAGUCUUUAUCUUAUUAGACGAUAAGGAUUUUGAAUAACCAUUAAUAAAGUCCUAAAAAGCUAAACAAUUAAGAAUUAGUCUGUUCUAAAGAUUAUCAUAAUAAUUUUAAAAUGUGGGUUGCUAAUAAGAGUUAGAAUUUUCAAUAUAAGAUAUUGAUGACUUAUUUUGA